UUCAAAUUCAUUAGGUGUAUCGGCGUCAGUGCACAUGCGUCGAAUUAGAUAAGUAUUAUUUUUUUAACAGUAUUAUUCAGGUACACCGAAAGGAGUUGUCUUUAGCUCUGGACAAGGACGGCCUGUCGGAACGUCCAUGAGUGUUCCUUACCAAACCAAACCGGUGAAAAUAAUGUUUAUUCUGUUUGUAAAUGUACUCAAUCCUCGGUUUGAUUUCGGUUUAUGAAUACUUAAAAACCACUCGAUUAGGAUUUUUUCAAUAUCCGUAGAUAUAAAAGACAGAGAUUACUUUACAUAAUUACAUUACAACUCUGCUCAAAUUGAGAGAGAGAGAUCCGUUUGUGCUUCACUUUUGCUAUCUCGAUUCUGUCUCACUAAUAAGUUCUAUCGCUUCUCCCUCGAGAGGUUCAAGUCUUCUUCUCGCAUUGGCACAAUCAAAGUCGUGUUCUUAUUGUAAACAAAAAACCAAACUUUAAGUCUCUUCAUACCAUACGAUGAACGAUCUUCUAAAGGGUUCGUUUGAGCUUCCCCGAGGUCAAUCUUCUAGAGAAGGAGAUGUGGAACUAGGGGAGCAAGGAAGUGAUCAAGGUUUAGAUGAUUUCUUCAAAAAGGUUCAAGAAAUUGACAAACAAUAUGAAAAGCUUAAUAAGCUUCUCAAGAAACUUCAGGCUGCCCAUGAGGAGUCUAAGGCUGUCACCAAAGCUCCUGCCAUGAAGGCAAUAAAGAAGAAAAUGGAAAAAGACGUUGAUGAAGUCGGAAGCAUUGCCCGUUUCAUCAAGGGGAAACUCGAGGAGCUGGACAGAGAGAACUUGGCAAAUAGACAAAAACCUGGGUGUGGGAAAGGAUCUGGUGUGGAUCGAUCAAGAACAGCUACAACACUUUCCUUAAAGAAGAAGUUUAAAGACAAGAUGGCUGAGUUUCAGGUUCUAAGAGAGAACAUCCAACAAGAGUAUCGUGACGUUGUUGAUAGGCGCAUUUUUACAGUAACUGGGCAACGAGCGGAUGAUGAUACAAUUGAUGAAUUGAUUGAAACUGGAAACAGCGAACAGAUCUUCCAGAAAGCGAUUCAGGAGCAAGGCAGAGGACAGGUAAUGGACACAUUGGCGGAAAUACAAGAACGUCAUGAUGCUGUCAGAGAUUUGGAGAAGAAACUUCUUGACUUGCAACAAAUUUUUAUGGAUAUGGCAGUUUUGGUUGAUGCACAAGGAGAAAUGCUGGACAACAUAGAAUCUCAGGUGUCAAAUGCAGUAGAUCACGUUCAAUCAGGGAACACGGCUCUUCAAAGAGCAAAGAGCUUACAGAAGAACUCAAGGAAAUGGAUGUGUAUUGCAAUCAUCAUCCUUCUCAUUGUUGUUGCUGUGAUCGUUGUUGGUGUUCUCAAGCCUUGGAAAAACAAGAACGCUUAGAGUAAUACAGAAGACACUGUAAACAAACAAACAAACAAAAACAUCAUUACGUACGACUUUUUACUGAGUGAGUGUUCAUGAGAUGUGUGAAGUUUGUAUUUCUUACCAAGAAACGAAAAAAACAAAACAAGAUGCACUAUAUUCUUUUUAAUUGGAUCAAAACAAGUAAUACGCAUUCUUAUUUUA